UAUUGAAAGUCUGUGGCUUGUGUGCUGACUGGAAAAUUGUGCAGAAAUCGUGGGAGUGGAGAGUUUUAUCGUAAUGUGUCAUUAUUUUCCUAACAGUUCACUCAGAGACGAAUUCAUUCGUUUGUAAACAUUACGUUAGUGUUCUCGUUCGGACCUUCAUCGAGUCACGCUUGGACGGUGAAGUAAAUGAAAUAGGUCAUUCAGAUUACAUACGAAGUGUCAUCUGAGUAAUUGUAUGGGCUGCAGACGUUGUUAAAUGAUGUUUUCCGGUUACAGUCUGUCUGCGUAACAGUUUGUUUUGGUUAUGGCUGAUAUUCGUUGUUGCUCUACAGGCAGCUUUAAUGCAAAUUAAUGGUCUACAGGAACUGCUGUUGAAAAGUGAUGAAUUUAUCAAAAAGGAUGUUUAUAUUAUUUUGAUGAUACACAGCCAGAGCGCAGAAACUGAAGAAUGGCUGCAACAUUCGACCCAUACGAUAGAUCAAGUUGGUACUUUGGUUCCAUGACUAGGAAGGAUGCUACUGAUCUCCUGAUGGGUGAAAGAGAAGGUGGUGUUUUCCUUGUGAGAGACAGCAAAACAAUCCAAGGGGAUUAUGUGUUGUGUGUUAGGGAAGAUAGCAAAGUGAGUCAUUAUAUUAUAAAUAGGCUUCAACAAGGGGACCAGACAAGAUACCGCAUUGGAGAUCAGAUAUUUCCGGACUUGCCAGCAUGCCUGGCAUUCUACAAGUUACAUUAUCUUGAUACUACGCCUCUUAUAAGGCCAGCUCCUCGGCGGGUUGAGAAAGUUAUUGCAAAAUAUGAUUUUGCUGGUAAUGAUGCUGAUGACCUACCAUUCAAGAAAGGUGAUAUAUUGACAGUGGUCUCCAAGGAUGAGGAUCAGUGGUGGACAGCUUGUAACAGCAGUGGCCAGACUGGAUCAAUACCUGUGCCAUAUGUUCAGAGGUACGAUGACAGCCAGCAGUGUGCGCCAGAAAUUCAUAGACCCGGAUCUGGUGGUGGAAAUCCAGUGAGCCAUCAACAAGAAGUUUCCAUUCGAAGAACAAAUAUACAGCGGAAGCUUCCUGCUUAUGCCCGUGUCAAACAGGCAAGAGUGCCAAAUGCCUAUGAUAAAACAGCAUUGAAGCUUGAGGUCGGUGAUAUCAUAAAAGUAACAAAAAUGAAUAUAAAUGGACAGUGGGAAGGAGAACUGAAUGGAAAGGUUGGCCAUUUCCCAUUUACACAUGUUGAGUUUGUUGACUCAGAAAACAAUGAUGGUACUGAUGAAAGUUAAGGUGGGUCCUUGAAGAAAACAAUGUAAAUUUUAUGAGAAAUGUGUGUAUCACACUAGGAUGAAUAAAGCAUACUAGAUGGGCUUUUCUAAAAUAUGCUGUAGUGGAGUUAGGAUUCAUUAUAACCAGAUACGCCAUUACUGGCAAUGAAAGGGCCUGGAAAAAAGUUCAUAAAAUUUUCUCUGGUUAAAAGGAAAUGAUAAGUCACAUAUAGUAAUGAAAUGCUCUGAAGUGGACACAGCAUUCCUAAUAGACAGAGAAAAUGCAGAAUGUUUGUAAAUUGGUUGCUGCAUAUUGCAAUCAAUCUGCUAUUCAUUACAGCUACUUUUGAAGUUUGAAAGACAAAAUUGGUUUCUAUGGUUGUCAGUCUGUGAGCACAAGGAAAACACCGGGGAGAACGUCAGAAAAUUUGAGCAUUUUCUGUUUUUUGUAAGAAUAAUAUUACACAUUCUGUUGUUUUAUCUCUUUAUGUACAGCUGAUAGCAAUUGAUACAUGCAGUCAAUAUGUGGAGCAGCUAUAGCAUGAUAGCUCUGUAAAGGAGUGGAAAGAUAGAAGCAAUAAGGUUCAUGAAUAAUUUUAUGUAUAUAAUACUAAAGAGGAACUUAUGAACUAAGCGUAAGUGAUGAACUUUUUUACGCAAUUUGAUUGAAGUUUGCUGAAUGUAGUGAACUGUACUUUGUAAAUUGCACCACUGUUUGUUUACUAAAAUGUGGCUUUUGUUGUCAUACAGAGCUCCACUUGUCUGUUUACGCUGUCUGGAUACUGUGAGGAUACAAUCCUGUUCACAUUUCAUUUUCAGUAUGAAAUAAUAAAACUGAGUUCUAUAACUUCUGUAAUUUGUUGGCACAUCUGACACGCAAUUAUGUUCCAUUAUGCUGCUUGCAUUUUAUAAAGUGCUGCUUUACUCUAAGAAUGUGUACAUCUGAACUGCCUCUGAGGAUUUUAAUAGCCUUACUAUAUUUUGUCAUAUAAUUAUCCACUGUUAUAGAAAAUAUAUUCUGCUGUGGUGGUUAACAGUGGAAAAUUCAGACUGAUAUAUAGAAGUUUUAAGACACGCUACUUGUUGUAAAUGGUUGAAGCAAAUCUUUCAGCAUAUUGAAUGUUGUGUGAGAUUGUAACUAAUUCCACACAUCUUGCUGACCUUUGUGUUUUGCUGGGUGUGAGUGACGAUAGAAUCUGCCAGUUGGACCUUUCUGUUGUGCCCACUUCUGAGUGACAUGCCUCAUGCACUGUUGUGCCUGUAGGUAAUAUAUCACUAUACGUAAUUGUCCUGAUUAUGUUAAACAUUGCUGUCUUCCAGUGAAAAAAAGUGGUCCAUGAAUAUUUGUAUACAAUAAGGGUAUCCUUUUUUAAGAUAAGUAUGUUUCUUGGUUCUAGAAUGGUAGGCUUUUGCUUGUGUUUUUGCUGCAGUAAUUAUACCAGUGUAAUUUACGUUAGCAACUGAAAAGAGUAUAUACACAAUUUAGUUUAUAUAUAUCAGUUAAACUAGCAAUCGUUGUUAUUGCCCUUUUUUAUGAGAUUCAUCUACAUUCUUCUAAAAUUCGCUUGUUGGUUUUAGCGACACUGCAAUGACUGCUGAUUAUAUAACACUCAGUAUGUUUAGUGACAGUUUGUAAAAAUGUCAUUGGGUAUAUUUUCAGAUUUUCUAAUUUUGAAACUUGGAAGUUUUAAUGUCUACAUGCAGUUAUUUCAGUAGCUAAUGAAGAGUUGUACUUGUGCAAUGUGUGUUAUGAGUUAUAUUGUCACUAAUUGAAGAUUUUUCUAAUGAUUCCUUGAAUCACAUUUAAAAAUAUUCAGUUAUGUUCAGAUCUGCUGUUUUGAUUCCCAACUGUCUCAUAAACUUUUCCAAGCCAUAAUUAUACAAAAGCUUCUAUUCAUGAAUUUUUUAAAAAUACUUUGGAUCAUAAAAUACAUUGCACAAAGUUAAAAUAAAGAACUCAAUUAUGGAAACUGUCAUACUGAAGGAGGGUCAGAAAUCUUAUUAUGCUACAGUUUGGUCCAAAAAUAAAAUAUUGAAUCUGAAUGUGAUGUAAAUUGCUAAUGUGAUAUGUCGGUGGUAUUUUCGUUACAUUCUGUAUGCAGCCCAUAUAGUUGUUUAGCUAGAAGGUAAAUUUAGCCUAGAUGUGGAUGUAAUUGUUUUAUGUGGGCAAGUAGUUCUGCAGAGAUGAUUGUGUGGCAGACUGUAUCACAGUGAUAUUAAAUGUGAAUCAGCAUGCGUGAAAAUUUGCUCAGAAAUCUGUAUUUAAUUAGAAUGUAAGGCAAUCUUCCUCAAUUAUAUCAAAUAUAAGGUAGUUUUGUCAACAGUUACCUAUAGUUCUGUUAAUGUACACUGUUCAGCUCUUUGCUCCAUGUGGUAUGUACAUUAUGAAUCUGAAAUAGAUUUACCAUUUUACAUAUUUAUAACAUACUGGAUAAUGCAUAUAAUUUGUUUGUUAUUUAUUAUGAGGGAAUCCAUGCACAAAACAUUAUUUUGCCAGCACUCAUAUUUGUCAAAACUGCUGGCUGCUAUAUCAACAAACGUAUACAAUGUCAUAUAUGACACUCAUUCUGUGAUCAUCAAGAAGAGUCAACUCAUUGAAUCCCACAAACUUGUGCAAGUACACCCAAAGAAUCUGAAACGUGUAGAAUUUAUUGAUUGUUCACAUGAAAAUCAAGAUCUGGAGCUUUUUAUUUAUAUUGAUUUAUCUAGUGUUCUGUACUGUCAGUGACAGAAGUCAUGUGAACAUUGUAUAUACAUGAAUAUGAUACUUCAAAGUACUACCUACAAACACUGAAAGUUAAGAAUUUGGGUUGCCUUAUAUUUCAUGUAACUGUGCUGACUGACUUAUAGGAAAAAUAUAUUUGAUGCAAAUUUUUUGAUAGGUGUACUUUUCCCAUCUACAAUCCGUGUAUAUUUUUUAUGUAUUUACGGACAACAUUCAUUACAAGUAUGUCAAGUGAACAAAUAGGAAACAUCAUUCUUAAAUUAUGUAAAUUAUGAAAGUGACCCAAAUUUAGCUCUUUGAAGACUCUUGAUGGACACUAUUUACAUGGCCCCUUGAAGCUUCAGAGCCACAGAUUAUGCCUGCAAGAAAGAAUGCAGUUAACACUUUUGUAAGUGGGUUUCAGAAAUGCCAGAAAGAUGUGCAUUAGUGAACAUUGUAACCUGUUUGCUCUCUAUAGCCCCACACCCCAUGCUUCAGUUGUUUACAUCUCGGGAAUUUCCACCACAAGAAGAGCUAACACCUGGGGAUCCAGUUUCUGCUACUAAUUAUCUUAAUAAUUGGCAUACGGGAAAUGAAAAGUUCACUUGUUGAGGUAAUACGUAUUGUGUUAAGUUUCUGUAUGUUACAAUGGGUAUUAUCAUAGCAAGGUAACUGUCACAUGUGGACUAACCUGAAAAUAUGUGUGAAAUACAUGCUCCAGGAUGCGUAAGUUAGCAAGAAAUAGUAGUAUGGUUCUGUUUGUGUAUGUGUCACGUGGUACGUUUCUUCUAGUUACUGUCCAUUUUCUGCCCAAGUCUUUGUAGCACAUAUCACUCUAGUUGCUGCAAAAUAUGCUAUAGUUGGAGUCACGAAUGAUGGCGGUCGAGUUUAGGCUUGUUCUGCGCACCUAUGUUGCACAUUCUCAGACAGCCAAUGAGCGUUCAGUAGUGUUCUGAGCACUCUGUUGUGGAUGUUGUAUGCAAUGUUAGCAUUAUAUGUUAUCAUAACAUGUUAUCGGGUGAAGUUUUGUUCCAUUUGUUGCGAGUUAUCAUGGCUGAUGGUGGUUGCGAGUGACAAAUUCCACACAAGCAAACAAGAGACAUAAUUUGCAGGACACGUGCUUGCUUCAAGUGCAAAGCCCUUCUGUGCACGUACCACAACUGUCGCUUGCAAUCGGUGACAAUGCAGUCCCCAUCUCUGUCUUGACCUGUGUGAACCGCCAUAGUUUGUGGAUCAGACUAUAGUAGUAGAUGUGAUUAAUGAUUGUUUAAUAGAGAAAAAUGUGCUAAUGGAGUAUAAAUUUGAAAUGCAGCAAGCCACAAGACUAUUAGGGAGCUACCCUAAAGGGGGGGGGGGGGGGGAGAUCUCAAAUACAGCAGUAGAGUGAAAUUAAUUCACUUACUGCAUUAAUUAAUUAAUGUUGGCCUGUUUCAGUCGUCUUGCAUUCCUAACCAAUAAUAUGUUUAUAGCAAUGACUGCCCAAUGUAAAACAGUAGGAGGUUUUUGUGUAGCUAGCAGGAUAUUCUUAUUUCCAACAUUUUAUUAGCUGUGUCUGUACCAUUUUAUGUAUUAUUAACAACGAUGCAUAGUAAGCACUCUGCAUCUUUGUUAAUAAAAAUGUAAAUCUGCUGCAAUGGAAGUUACAACUGUACGCAUCAAAGGCUUUUGUUCAGCCACAAGAAGAUGAGAUCAAAACUAAGUAAUUUUGCUUUGAGCCCACAUAUAAUCAUUUGAACAGUGAAGACUGAAAAAUAAGUGGUAUUAUGCAUGAAACUGAAGAUGUAAACUGAAAAAUAAGUUGUGGAUCAGUAAAAAGAAAUUGAUGUUGGUGUGCAAAAAUUCUAUUUCAUAAUUUAUUACUCGUUUUUAGUAUACUGGAUCAGUAGAAUGUUAACACUGGAAAAUAUCCAUACAGAAAUGCAGUCCAAAAUAUGUUGGCAAUAGAUCUUUCUGUAGAACCACAUUCUAAAUGUUCAGAUCAUAAUCAUUACUUGGAAUCAUAAAAUGUCAUGGGAUUUGACGACAGACGGAUAACUUGUAUCGGCUGCCAUGAUGUCACUCAAGAUCAGCCACAUUUUACGUUGUACAUUUGACAUCAUUUAGGAUGGAACGAUUGACUUUAUCAAAAUGGAAUUUUGACAAAUUACUUUAAUUUUAUGCUAUAAAGCUUGCAUUGUAGACAUUUUGUUUCCAUAGAAAUAUUAGCUGCCCACAAACUCGUGGUAGAAAAUGAACAUAUGACACCUAGGAUUAGAGCCAUGAGUUUGGACAAAGCAAAUGAGUACAUAUCUCCAUUUUCCUAGACAGAUGUUUGUCAACUGACAAGAACAAAUAUGUUUUGUUAUCCUGGGACUUAAUUUUUAGUUUCUUUUUAUUCUUAUGGCAAACUGAGAGACCGUAAUCAUCCACUGUUGUUAAAAAAGUACAAUUGAAUGCUUUUGUGUUAUUGAUAUAUAAUAAUUAGCUAUUCUGCUUGAUUAAUGAUACAUUUUAGUUGCCUUCAACCUUUCCAGGGAUCAGUAUGUUCCUAAUAGUCCCUAGUAAUAUAUUUUUUUCACUGCCACCAGCAAUUUUGCCAAAGACCUUCCCCCUAGAAUCAGAUGCCUUAAAAUCAGAAUUUGUGUAUUCCCUAAUAUGCUGCAGUGAUUAAGUUUUGUAAUAAGCCACUGAUAAAUAUAAAUAUGAUUUGAUACACUGGAGAAUGUAAACUAGAAGUUCUAUCUUGUAUAUGAUUUUCCCCAACCCCCAUUUAGGUCAUAUGUUGAACUGACGUCUUGUAUCUACUUUGUAUUUGAUAAACACUGUUGAAUACAAAGACUUGCAGUUCCCAACGGCUACAAAUACGUUUUUGUUUUGCAGUUAAUUUAUCUGAAAUCCUUUUCAGUCACAUUAGGCACCUUCCAUUGCCCACCACAUUAAACAUUGUGUGCAUGCACGUAUAUUACUGUAUACUUUAUGAUACUAUAAAGAAAGAUAUAAUAAGUGAUACCAUAAAAAUUUGUUUGGGUUAAUUCAGAAAACAUGUUGGCAUGACUGGAAAAUUGACUUGCAAAAUACACAUAGACAUUGCAAAACAAUUUUAUGAAAAUGACAGGCUGGCUUCCCAAGGUUGUACAUGUAGGAUGUUAACUAAGUCAGUAAGUCAUUUUCUUAUUUUGAUGUAAGAAACAAUGAUGUGUAAAAGGUGUAAGUAAGGUAAUACGUGUUCUCUGUGUGUUUACGGGUGUUCUUUCAAGAACAUGGGGUUGAAAUUUUACACUGCUUUGAAUCUGUUAGAGCGCUUAUGGAUGGCACUGAAGUCUAUGAUUAAAACUUUGUUGUAGAUAGAUGUAGCAAUUUCAUGUGAAAGCAGAAAAAGUGUGUGUGCCAAAUUACUAUCAGGAACAGAAAAACAAAGGGGAAACCUUGCUGUAACAAUACAGUGUGAGAGGUUGAUAAAAUUGAGACUAAUGUGUUAUUCAGAAAACAGUUGGCCUGGAGAGAAAAUGAAUGUGUUGCUAAAUGUUGGUUGGGUAAGAGUGUCAUGCACAUAAAAAAAAUUGCACAAUAGAGCGAAUUGAUUAAUCCAGAAUAUGAAAUAAUGUAUGAGGGAUGUCUGAAGUGGGAGUAUUACUAAUAUGGAAAGGGAAAUGUAGGGGCAAGCAGUCAGGAUAAAUGGACUCUUAGUGAAAAAGUAAAACAGUAAUAAUGUUAGUUCAUUAACAUAUUAUACAUUAACACUGUUGGAUGAGUAAAAAAGAAGCAGCAGGUAACUGAAAAUAGUUACAAAUUGUCAAGUGUUUGAAAAGGGUGAAGUAAGACUCUGGAUCAGUUAAAAGUGCAUGGUAUUGAUGGGUAUUAUAAAGUUGACAUGCUGUGAAAACUGUCCAUUCUAGAUUUAUACCAAAGACCAUAAGGAAUUAAGGAAUAAAAAAAGACCUCUUAACAAAUAGCCGAAGCACUGUGUCACUUAUAGGCACAUGCAGAAGAGACUGAAAACUUCACUAGCUUGUAGAAGAAAUCUUUUGACAAGUUAGAGAGCACACAUGUGUUCAUGUGCAACCCCCAUGUCCUCCCCACCGCGCGCGCGCGCCCACACACACACACACACACACACACACACACACACACACACUCUCUCUCUCUCUCUCUCUCUCUCUCUCUCUCUCUCUCUGUAUCACAUGUUGUGAGAGUAUAUUGUAUAUUAAGGGGGGCAAACAUGAUACUGAGAGAGAUCAGCAACCUUUCAUGUUUAAUACGUUUAUUUGGUGUCACGGUUGCACGUAAAUUAUAAGAUUGCCAGUUUGUCUAUAUGGCCAACUUCAAAUCUAUAAAAUAAUGAAGCAACAGCAUAUAAGAGAUCAGUGAUAAAAAUGAAAUAAAUAGGGGAAAUAGUUAAGUAAUAUAAUAUACAUGACAGAUAGUGGGUGUUAUGUUUAGUUCUCUUGUAAUGGACUAAUUUGUAAUGAUUAUAGAUAUGAUAAAUGUACAGUUGAUAAUUAGCUUUAUCUUAGAUAACUGUCAUACAUUUCAUUUCUGUCAUAGAUCACUUUACAUACUGUAUUUAUAUGGUUUUUGUAGAUCUGAAAGUGUAGACUUAGUAUGGUUCUCUUGCAACUGAUGUGCAACUGUGUUAACAAACUAUUAUGUAUCAGAUACAAUAAUUGUGUUGAAUGACAUGUGUACAGUCAGGUUCAUGCUGUGCUGAUUAACAUAUUAAAACAGACAAGUUUGACUAUUAAUAAACAGAACUGCCUGUACAUCAGUUUCCGUGAGCCCACAAAGAUAAUACUUGGUGCUCUAAUUUUGCAGGGAAGAUGCUUUCAGACAUUAAUUAUAAUAGUUAAUGAACAGGUAACAAGAGGAAGGAACUUCCGUACACUACCUUUACUCUGUCCAGAUAGAUGAUGUUUGUUGACCUAAGAAAAUAUAUCACUGCAAAUAUUUAAUUCAACAUAUUUCACUGAUAUUUGCAGUGAAUAUUUAACAUGUUCCUUAGGCCACAUUUGUUUCAUAGAUUAAUAGUUUUAUACAAUUUAAGCUAAAAUUACCAUUUUUCUUAGAUUUUAGAAGAUAUCAAUCACUUCACCUUCUGUUAACCUCUCUAUAAUGUCCUUUGUUUAUUAAUCAUCAACAAUCAGUGUUAUUUAUUAUUUUCUAAAUAUUGGCAUUAAGAAUACAUUUUGAGUUUCAGUGUCAUCAUAUCUUGUUACAACAUAAUUUGCUAUUAUCAAUACAUUUUGCAAGCUGGUGGCAUUACAUAUUUUUGUCUCUUAAUUGCCUAGACCUUUGGCAAUUUCUGCAUGUGCCCUAUAUUUGUCACUGGGAAGUUCCAUGUGCAAUCCGAUUACAAUUUUCAUCUGCAAGUUGUGUCAGUACCAAUAUUUGAGAUUUGUUUUGAUCCUUCGUUCUGUGGUAUGAGGAUGUGGGUCUUGGAAUGGCAGUUAGCACUUUGUCAGCUAUAUAUUUUGAAUGAAGUUAAUAGAUACUAUUCUUUUUUCUUUCCACAAUGUUGAGUGUGAAACCAAAAAGUAUUGAAUAUAAUUAUUAUUUUGAGGAAUAAUUGUUACAUAUAUAGUGAAAGAUACAUUUAGGUAUCUUUAGAUAAUUAGAUAUCUUUGUUUGAUUUACAUUUUUGUACAUACUUGAACUUUCAAAAACUGGAUAACCUUGUUAACACUCUUCUAUAUUUUGACAAGAGCAUCACACCCUAUUAACAGCAGUUGUACAUGCUCUUACUUUUUUAAAGAUGUUAUCCUUUUUAUUUGUAAUGUUAUGUCACUACAAUAAUUGUGACAAUAUUUAUUAAUACACAACCAUUCAGUGUUGAGGUAAUUUACAGAAGUAGUGUUUUUGUGCAUGCCACUGCAUAUGUUUUCACUGUACAGUUAGAUGUAUAUGUGUGUUGCAAGCUGAUAUAUAGAAUGCUCUAACUUUCUCAUAAAAUCUGGAAGAAAUUGGUCAGAAAAAGGCAGUGGGCAUAAUGGUUUUUACAUUUUGAAAAGAGAGGAAACUAUUGUUUGUUUGUGACUGCCAAAUGCCUAACUGAAGAACUGAAGAGUGACUCUGUGUGUGUGUGUGUGUGUGUGUGUGUGUGUGUGUGUGUGUGUGUGUGUGUGUGUGUGUGUGUGUUUGUGAAAAAGGGGGGGGGGGGAGAUGGUAAGUAAAUGGUUGGUUUUACUUGCAUUUGCCAUUAAUGCUACUCUACCUGUGAAUCAGUGCUCAUUUUAUCAUAUACAUGAUCAUUAUCCUUCAUUGUGAAAAAGAAGCCAAUUUAUAAAUCAGUCAUAAGAAAGUGUAAAGAUGAAAGGUGUUGUAAAAGAACAUUGUUUUGUAUUAUAUGUAAAUGACAUGCAACUGAAGAUUUUAAAGCCUCUGCAGUGGAUUAAAAUCUGAAGUCAAAGCUGAAUAAUGAAUGUGACAUAUUAUCUGCAUUUAGUGCUGGGCAGUUGAUGCAAAUGAUUGUGUAAUACAGUUGAAGAAGAAAAAAAGAACCUGUACCAAUGCAUGAUAUUAAAAACAUUACAUCAUGUA